AUGGCCUCUUCCAACCCCCCACAACAACAACAACAAGAACCCCAACCCCACCCCCUCACAACCACCACCACCCCAUCAGACCGGCGCACCCCCAUCACCGCCGCCGCAACCGCCUUCCUCGAAAGCUACGCGCGCGCCAUGCACCUAGCCUCCACACACGACCCCAACCCCGACAACAACAACAAAGUCCCCAACAUCCCCCUCGUCGCCUCAGCCCUGGGCGCGCACUACGGCCCCGACUGCACGGCCUACACGCACACGCACCGCAUCUCGCUGCCGACGGCGGCGGCGUGGGUCCCCGGGAUCGCGGCGCACCUCGCGCGCUUCGAGCGGUGCGGGCUCGGCUGCGACGUCCGCCUCGUGGCGCGGCGCGUCGAGCCCGUCGCCGAGGGGUGCGCGCUGUGCUGGCUGACGUGGCGGAUUUGGCCGCGGAGGGGUGGGGGAGGCGGGGGAGCUGGAGGACAGGGGGUGGAGCUUGAGGAGGUGGAGGGGGAGGGGGAGGUGGUAGAGGGGUGGGAGUGGGAGAAUGUGUAUGCGUAUAGGAGGGCGUCGGUGGGGGCUGGCGUAGGCGCAGGCGCGGGGGGACGGCAGGAGGGGCAGGGGGAGGAGGGGGAGGAGAAGGUGAUGAUUGGUGGUGGUGAGGGUGGUGAGGGGGCGUGGGUGAAGCCCGAGGGGUGGUGGGAGUUUAUUGUGAGCGAUAACGAGAUUUCGAGCCUUUUGGCGAGGGUGCCGGAUUUUAUGACGCGUUGA